AUGGAGUGGGAUCAAGGAAUGCGUUUGGGCAAGGGAAGUUUUGGCGAGGUAUUCAUGGCAAUCCCAAAGAAUACCAAGAUCAGUGACAUGAAGAUGGCGGUGAAGAUAUCAUCGGAAGACAGGGCAGAGUCUCUCUCUGUCGAGCACCAAAUUCUCCUCAAGUUCCUCGGGACCCCGGGAAUCAUUCAGUGCCUCGACGGCGGGCCAUCGAAGAAGAGAACUUACUACUUGCUUUUGGAGUACGCUUCCGAAGGUUCUCUAUCCGACUUGAUUUCCAAAUACGGCGAAGAAGAAGGUACGGGAAUUCCAGAGAAUCACGUCAGGGUUUACACUCGGAUGAUCCUCCAAGCUCUUUCCUCGAUCCAUUCUCUGGGAUACGUCCACUGUGACAUCAAGCCGCGGAACAUUCUAGCCUUCCCUGGGUCGCCGGCGGCAGAGCAUGGAAACAGGGGAGACGAAAAGAUUCGGAAAUUGAAGGUCGCGGAUUUCGGUUUGGCGGUAGAGACGUGGAAGCUGAUUCAGGGGAGGGGUAACAAGAACAGGGGAACGCCGAGGUAUGUGCCGCCGGAGGUGUUGGUGGAUGGGAUAGUUACGCCGGCGAUGGAUAUUUGGGCAUUGGGGUGUACGGUUCUGGAGAUGCUGACCGGAGAGAUACCGUGGACCAGGCUGCACGACAUUGAGGAUGUGUUGAUGGAGGUCAGGGAUGGAUGCCGGCCGGAAUUUCCAGGGUGGUUGUCGGAAUCUGGGAAAGACUUCCUGAUCAAGUGCUUCGCAAAGGAUUACCACCGCCGCCCCAAUGCGGAUUCGCUCCUCAGACAUCCUUUUGUAUCCGGUGGAUUCCAGAGGACGAAGGUGAUCGAACAGGUUCAGCAAAAACAGAGGCUCCCUGGAGCUGCUGGUUUUCCUUUGCUUCCUCAUGAGUUUUGCGAGCGGUACAGAACAGGUUUGCAGGUUUAG